AUGCAUAUUCAUUGCUCGCAAGAGUCCUUGGUAACUGGGAGUAGAACUCCUGUCUCCUACGCCGAGCUCUGUCUUUCCUUUCCCCAAAGCGGGAAACUUUGGGCAGCAAAGACCGCAGCGCAAUGGCUCAGAACAUAUAUCCAGAUGCAGAGUUUCGAGAAGACAUGUCAACAGGCGGGCCUUCGGGAGUAUCUCGCCAACCCGUCUCUCCUGCAGACCAUUUCACCACUUUACGAUUCCAAUUUAGCACGCUUGAUUGUCCUUCAUGCCGUCGGCUCCAUGGUCAAAGAUCACCUCCAGUCGAAAGGACUUUUGCUUCCAGGAAUCUUGGAUACACCUGGAGACCCGAAGAAGCCGAAGCUGUAUUGCCACACUUGGAACGAUGGUGCCAAAGCAGUCAGGCACGGAAGGCAGUAUGGCAUGCAAGCCAAUUUAUUCGCUAGUCUGUGUCUAUGUAUAUAUGGGACUAUGGCCCAAAUGCCCUCUUCGAGCAACCUCUCUAGUGGUCUAGGGUCGGGAGGCAAUUUCCAAAUUGACGGACCAGACUCCCCUGUAAUACAGAGAUGGAUAAUUUUGGGGUCUGGAACUCCCAUGUUGGGAAGCGUGACCUCGGCUUCCACUUUCUAUGGUGGUAUGCCGCUGGGUGCCACCAGGUCUAUUCUUCUUCGAGUUCGUGACCUCCUGUAUGUCAAGGCAUCACAGAAAAGCCUGUUGCCACUGGUUACUGGAAUCUGUGAUCUUCUUUGUGCCUUGAGCAUUACAAAACAGAGAGAGCCCCGAUGCCUGUAUUGA